CCUUUUUCCCAACCCCUCUUUCUCUCUCCCCUCCAUCUUUUCAUUAGAACCUCUCUGUCUCCUUCCCACACCCAUCCGAGACACGUAAACACGCAUGCAGCGCCAGCCGCCUCUCCCCGCACUGCCACGGCCGCCCAGCUGCUGCGCUUGGUGCGAGAGGAAAGCGGUGGAACCACGCUCCCUGCUCCCCCUCUCCCCGUGGAAGUUGGAAGUAGCUCAGGUUUGAAGCUUGUCCGUAAGGCUGCAGCUCCCAGAGAGGAAAGAUGGUGCUCGGCGCCCCUCCCUCCCAGCCCCUGAAGGCAGAGAAGCUGAUGUGUCCUCCUAAGGAUGCUUCUGAGAAGUCUCACUGUGGAAAUAACCCGUGGCCAUGGAUUCUGGGGCUUUCUCCAAGGCCACUGCGUUGAGAGGACCACAAGUGCUUCUCCCUGUGGAAAUUCUUCAGCUCUAUGCGUCUACUUGAAAUUUGCUCGAUGUCAGCGUCUUCCCUUGUUUAGACAUCUCCGUUAGAUGUGAUUCAUGCACACUGCUGUUUUCCAUCACACUUCAUUUCCAUGUAGAUUUUUUUUUCUCGUUUUUGAAGCGCUAGAUAGGGCUCUCUCUAAAUCCAAUUUUAGUAUGUUUUUUUCUUGUAUUUGAGAAGCUUGGGAAGGUAGGUUCUUGGUGCAGUAAUUUCCCUAUGGAAAAAAAUAGAGGUCAGCUUAUGCCCAAGAGUCACCAACUUGAUCUUGCAGAUGAGAGAACUUCAGAAAAAAAUUUAAAAGUCCAGUCUGGUUUUUGGAACCAAUAUGGGAACAGUUAAAUGAACACUUUUUCAGCCAUUAACUCCAGGCUCUCGGGAAUUUGAAGAUGUUUUAAAUAUUCUCCACUCAUCUUACCUUGAACCAACUUCAGUAACAAAUUUUAACUACAGACGUGCUUGCUUGAUACAUAAUGAGCUUUUGGAAAAGGAGUUUACAGAAAAGCGAAGAGAACUGAAGUUUGAUGGUCGUUUAGAUAAAGAACUUUCAGAAUCCUAUGCAUUUCUGAUGGUUGAUCGGUAUCAGGUUCAGAGCAUAUGUGAAAAAGGAUUACAGGUGGGCCAGUCCAAAAUAACAAUUCUUGGCAGUCCUUCCAUGGGUGUCUAUCUUUCUAGGUAUGCUGAUUUAUUACAAGCUAAUCCUUUGGAAGCUGGGGCAGUGGGCGAUGUUGUUAUUUUUAAAAUAAUGAAGGGUAAAAUAAAGAGUAUAUAUGACCCCAUGGGUGUAAAAAGUUUGGAAUCUAUAUUAAAUAAAAGUGCUUUGGACCCAACACCAAAGCAUGAAUGUCAUGUGUCGAAGAAUGCCAAUAGAAUUACAUCACUUUUGGCUUAUAGAGCUUAUGAGCUUACUCAGUAUUAUUUUUAUGAGUAUGGCUUUGAUGAGCUAAGGCGAAGACCGAGACACGUGUGUCCAUACGCAGUUGUGUCUUUUACUUAUAAAGAUGAUAUACAAACUCCGAAGUUCGUACCUUCAUCAAGAUCUAACAGCUUUAAUGCAGAUAGAAACACGGAUAAAUUUAACUACACGUUGUGGAAAGGACAGCUUUUAAAUAAAGGAAAGCUUUUGUGUUAUAUUUCUCUGAGGUCAGCCACUCGUGCUUUUUUGCCUAUCAAGCUUCCUGAGAAGUUAGAUGUUGAAACAGUUAUGAGUAUUGAUCAUCUGAAACAGAAAAUCCCUCCAGCGCUGUUUUAUAAGGAAACUUACUUAGGUCCAUAUGAAGUUUUGAAGAAUGGAAUGUAUUGCAGCCUCUAUGAAGUUGUAGAAAAGACAAGAAUUGGAAGUAACAUGGAAAGUUUACUGCAAAAACUAGAGAAAGAAAAACUUGUUCUUGUUAAACCUUUGGGAGACCGAGGAUACCUUUUUCUUCUCUCUCCUUGUCAAAUGGUUUCUCCAUAUGAACAUCAUACUGCUAAGUCUCGAGUCUUACAUGCUUUGUUUCUAUUUCAAGAACCUAGAGGCAUAGUUACUUCACAGAAAGGUUCAACCAGUGCAGCACCACAGGAGAGACAUGAGAGCAUGCCAGAUGUAUUAAAAAUAACUCAAUUUUUACAGUUUGCUUUGAUUCAGUGUCGAAAGGAAUUCAAAAAUAUAAAUACUAUAAAUUUUCAUUCUGUUGUUGAAAAGUAUGUAAGUGAAUUUUUUAAGCGAGGUUUUGGUUCAGGUAAACGAGAGUUUAUCAUGUUUCCAUAUGAUUCACGAUUAGACGAUAAAAAAUUCUUAUAUUCAGCUCCAAAAAAUAAAUCCCAUAUUGAUAAUUGUUUGCAUACCUAUAUUUUUCGGCCUGAAAUGUAUCAGUUACCUAUUUAUAAGUUAAAAGAGCUAUUUGAAGAAAACAGAAAACUUCAACAGUUUAGUCCACUUUCAGAUUAUGAAGGCCAAGAAGAAGAAAUGAAUGGUACAAAAAUGAAAUACGGAAAACGAAAUAACUCAAGGGGUGAAACUAUUACACCUGGAAAGCAGAAGUCAUCUCACUCUUUGGAUUAUGAUAAGGAUAGAGUCAAAGAAUUGAUUAAUUUAAUUCAGUGUAGGAAAAAAAAUGUGAGUGGGGACUCAGACACAGAAGAUAUGAGAAGCAAAACUGUCUUAAAGAGGAAGCUUGACGAUCUACCUGAAAAUAUGAGAAAGCUCGCCAAAACCAGUAAUUUAUCUGAAAAUUGCCACCUGUAUGAAGAGUCUCCACAGCUUGUUGGCUCACUUGGGCAUGAUGCUGACUUGAGACGGCAGCAGCAGGAUACCUCUAACUCUAGCAUUGCUGACAUCCAUAGGUUGUUUAAUUGGCUAUCAGAAACACUAGCAAAUGCACGUCAUUCUGAUGCAUCCCUGACAGACACAGUCAACAAGGCCUUAGGAUUGAACUCUGAUGAUGCCCGUGAAGAGAUGAGGCAAAAGCAUGAGUAUGAGUUGAACUCUACCCUGGAUAAGAAAGAAUAUGAGCAGCCUACUUGUGCAAAAAUUGAAAAUGCACAUUUUAAGGAUACUCAGAGCCCACUGCUAGAAGUUGAUACAUCAUCUUUAAAGUAUCCUGUUGCUGUUUCUACCAGUGAAGUAGGCACUGACCAUAAACUACAUUUGAAAGAAGAUCCAGAUUUAAUUAACAUGAGUAAUUUUGAAGAUUGCAGUUUGUGUCCCACUGUUCCCAUUGAACAUGGAUUCCGUAGACAAUCUAAGUCAAAUAAUGUUGAAGAGACUGAAAUACAUUGGAAACUGAUUCCAAUUACAGGAGGGAAUGCAAGAAGCCCAGAAGACCAGCUGGGGAAACAUGGUGAGAAACAAACACCAGGUAUGAAAUCACCAGAAGAACAACUGGUGUGUCUGCCACCACAGGAGGCCUUUCCUAACGACCCUCGGGUAAUAAGUAGACAGAGAAGUUCUGAUUACCAGUUUCCAUCCUCUCCAUUUACAGACACACUAAAGGGCACCACUGAGGAUGACGUGUUGACAGGUCAGGUGGUGACAGUGGAGGAGCAGUGUGUGCCAGCAGCAGAACCGCCUGCAAUGAGUGAAACCACAGAAAGGACAGUGUUAGGAGAGUACAGUCUCUUUUCUAGGAAGAUAGAAGAGAUUCUGAAGCAGAAGAAUGUUUCAUAUGUCAGCAGAAUUUCCACACCUAUCUUUUCAACACAAGAGAAGAUGAAACGGUUUUCUGAGUUCAUAUAUUCUAAGACUUCCAAAGCUGGUGUACAGGAGUUUGUAGAUGGCUUGCAUGAGAAACUAAAUACUGUUAUCAAAGCAUCAGCCAAGGGUGGGAAUUUGCCAGCAGUCAGUCCUAAUGAUUCUGGUACUAAGACAGCAUUGAGUCCUUUGGGAAGGCAUGUCAUACCAGUUUCCUCAAGCGACUUCAACAAUAAACACCUCCUUGAGCCACUUGGUAGUGAUCCUGUGAAAGACACCAACUCUAAUGAGCAGCAUUCCUCUUCGACUUUGGGUUUAACUGAAGCAGAAGUGAACCAGCCACACCAUGCCACAGAGCCAGUGGUGACUUCUGAUCAUACUGUACCUGGUCAUACUGCCCGGGAACCAGUAGAAAAAGAAACAAAAUCGCCCAGUGAUGUAAACAUUUCUGCCCAACCAGCUCUUUCAAAUUUUAUAAGCCAGUUAGAACCUGAAGUAUUUAACAGUUUGGUUAAAAUCAUGAAAGAUGUCCAGAAAAAUACUGUGAAAUUUUAUAUUCAUGAAGAAGAGGAGAGUGUGCUCUGUAAAGAAAUAAAGGAAUAUCUUAUCAAAUUAGGCAAUACAGAGUGUCAUCCAGAACAGUUUUUGGAAAGAAGAUCAAAAUUAGAUAAACUAUUGAUUAUUAUUCAAAAUGAAGACAUUGCAGGUUUCAUUCACAAGGUACCUGGCUUGGUGACUUUAAAGAAGCUUCCUUGUGUUAGUUUUGCUGGUGUUGACAGUUUGGAUGAUGUUAAAAAUCACACAUACAAUGAGUUAUUUGUAUCUGGAGGUUUUAUCGUUUCUGAUGAAUCCAUUCUAAAUCCAGAAGUAAUCACAAUUGAGAACCUUAAAAAUUUUUUGACAUUCCUCGAAGAACUUAGUACUCCAGAAGGAAAAUGGCAAUGGAAAGUCCACUGUAAAUUUCAGAAAAAACUAAAGGAACUGGGCAGAUUGAAUGCUAAAGCUCUGAGUCUGUUGACCCUUCUGAAUAUCUAUCAGAAGAAACAUCUGGUUGAAAUUUUGUCAUACCACAACUGUGAUUCACAAACUCGGAAUGCUCCGGAAUUGGAUUGCCUUAUCAGACUUCAGGCUCAAAACAUACAACAACGACACAUAGUCUUUUUAACAGAAAAGAGUAUCAAGAUGCUUUCCAGUUAUACUGAUAAUGGAAUAGUGGUUGCGACUGCUGAAGACUUUAUGCAAAACUUUAAAAAUCUUGUGGGCUAUCACAACUCAAUCACAGAAGAAAACCUUCCUUUGCUUGGUGCUAAUGAGAAUCUUGAGUCACAGUCAGCUCUUUUAGAAAACGAUGAAAAGGACGAAGAGGAUAUGUCUCUGGAUUCAGGGGAUGAAAUCUCACACAUAGAAGUAUGCAGCAAUUUUCAUUCAGAAAUACUGGAGAAAGAGACCAAAGGAUCACGUGGAACAGAUCAAAAAAAGAAUAUUCAAAUUGAGUUGCAAUCGUCUCUUGACUUGCAAAAAAGUUUAUUAGAAGAGAAGACUUAUCAAAUUGAUUCUGAAGAGAGAGCUUCUAUUGAUAUAGUAUGCUCUGAAGGAGAGAACAGUAAUUCAGCUGAACAGGAUUCAUAUAGCAACUUUCAGGUUUAUCACAGUCAAUUAAAUAUGUCCCAUCAGUUUAGUCAUUUUAAUGUUCUCACUCAUCAGACAUUUUUGGGGACACCAUAUGCCCUUUCAUCAAGUCAGUCUCAAGAAAGUGAAAAUUACUUUUUAUCUGCUUAUACUCAAAACUUGGAUAGAGAGAAAACUCCAUCUCCAUUAAGUUGGUGGAAAAGUGAUUGUUCCAGGCCGUUUUCAAAAGAGAAAUAAUUAAUUACAGUAACUUUUUUUUUUUUAAAGUAGGUUGUUGUUAUGGACUUUUUUCUGUUUCUUAAAAGUGACUUAACAAUUUAUAUUUCAUUCUCUAAACAAAAGGUUUCUUUUCCUUUCGCAAAUGUUUUUUUCCCUCUUAUUUAAAUCAUGAUGGCCUGUAACAGUUGAAGCAUCUGAAAAUUGAAAUAAAUAUAUAUAUUUUUAACAUAUAUUGUACUUGAAUUAUCUCAUAUUGGCACUUUUAAGUUUUACACUUAUAUGUCAUCUGUACUUUGGCUUCAAAUUGAAGCCUGUUUUAUAUAUGAAACUAGAUAGUUGCAAAAGGAUAGUGAACAAUACUGGCUUUACUUUUUUUCCCUCCUCUAAUGUCAGAUGAUCCCAGCUACUUUUGCUGAAAUGACAUUAUCAACUAAUGCAUUUAUUUUAAGCUUUUUUGUAUAGUGUUUUUACACAGGUAUAAGCCAGUGAUGUUAAUAUUUACAGGAUUUUGGCUCUCAAUACCUCAAGAUUUACUGAACAAAGCCAUUUCAUUUAGAUGAUAAAACUAUGUACAUAUAGGACUUAGGACUUAACACCAGGCAGCAUUAUUUUUUAUUUUUAGACUUAACCAUGUAAAAUCACCUGUUGCUAAAAUUUUGGUCAAACUUUUAUUUGAGAAUAUUUGAUAAUUACAAUUUUCAGUGCUUGUGUGGUCCUUGACUUAAACAAAAACCUAUCUAUCUUUUGAAAUAUGAAACUGAAUUUGGUUAUUAAAGGCAUUAAACAAUUUGAAACAA